AUGUCUCAUCACUCCGUCCAUGCCUCCUCUGGACACAAGCAUUUCAGCUCCUGUUCUGCGGGGUUACCUAAACAUUCUGGCUCACACAGUGUCUUCUCACACUCUGCUAAACAUGGUGGACAUGGUCACAAGACCCAGCACUGCUUUACCAGUUCAAGUGCACAUAAUAUUGGAUCAAAAGGACAAAAGAUUUCAUUUGGUAGUUUUAAUUUAGGAAAGAGUGGGCAUGGAUCUGGCUAUGGUAUUGGCAAUUUUGGGAGAUCAUCUUGUUCUGGAGGAAUCACCCAUGUUACUGUAAACCAAGGUCUGCUGGCACCUCUCAACUUGGAGAUUGACCCAAACAUCCAGAGAGUGAGGACUGAUGAGAGGAAUCAGAUCAAAGGUCUCAACAACAAGUUUGCUACUUUCAUCGACAAGGUGAGAUACCUGGAACAGCAGAAUAAGAUGUUGGAGACCAAGUGGGCUCUUCUACAAGAUCAGAAAACCGCCAGGUGUGAGAUUGAACCUUUGUUUGAGUCUUUUAUCAGCAACCUCAGGAGACAGCUGGAGAACCUGGAGUGUGAGAGCGCUCGCCUAGAAUCAGAAAGGAACAGUGCAGAGGACACGAUGGAAGACUUUAAGAAAAAAUAUGAAGACGAAAUGAACCGACGCACAGCAGCAGAGAAUGAGUUUGUCCUACUGAAGAGGGAUGUUGAUGCUGCCUUUAUGAACAAGACUGAGCUACAAGCAAAGGCUGACUCCCUUGCAGAUGAGAUCAACUUCCUGAGGACCCUAUAUGCAGCGGAGAUCAAUCAGCUCCAGUCUCAGAUAUCAGACACCUCAGUGGUUGUGUCCAUGGAUAACAGCCGAGACCUGGACCUAAACAGCAUCAUCUCUGAGGUCAGAGCUCAAUAUGAGGACAUUGCUAGCAGGAGCAGAGCUGAGGCUGAAAACAUGUACCAGUCAAGGUUUGAGGAUCUGCGCAUGGCAACAGGAAGAAACGAGAGUGAUCUGCAGAACAGCAGAAAUGAGAUUGCCGAGCUUAACAGAGCAGUUCAAAGACUUAAAGGAGAAAUUGAAUGUGCUAAGUCUCAGCGUGCUGCACUGGAAACUGCUAUAAAUGAGGCAGAGGAAAGUGGAGAAGCUGCUGUCCGAGAUGCCAAGAACCAACUAGCUGAGCUGGAGGCUGCUCUACAGAAGGCCAAGCAGGACAUGGCUCGCCAGCUGCGGGAUUACCAGGAACUGAUGAAUGUCAAACUGGCUCUGGACAUUGAGAUUGCCACAUAUAAGAAGAUGCUGGAGGGAGAAGAGUGCAGGUGA